GUAAAUGUCAGCAACCAUGGAAACCGCAAACAUCUGCGGAAGUGAAGUCUGUGAAAUGCUUGAGUCAUGUCUAGCAGUAAAGAGCAGACAUCCAUCAGUCAGGUGAUGUGUUUCCUCCAUGAGUGGGACCAGGGCAGUAAGACGGUGCGUAGUCGAAUGCUGAGGGACUUUCUGGCCAAGAACACAGGAAAGACAUGCCCUGAACUGGAGCUUGAGUUUGCUCAAGUUGCCAGCCUGUUCCUUGCUCGGCUCACUGCCUGGAUAAGACUAAGCUACAUGUUUGGAUCGUGUCUAGACCUUCAGCUGAGAGCAUUGGGUGUUUUCCUCUCUGCCAAUAGCAGUCAUCAGUACAUGAUUGAGUUUCUGGAGGUGGGUGGAGUGCUGACCCUGCUUGAGAUUCUCGGGCAAGACAAACUCAAAGAAGAGGAUAAGACAGAGGCUCUUCACCUGCUCCAGAUCAUCGCCAACUCGGGCCAAAAAUAUAAAGAGCUUAUCUGUGAAAGCUACGGUGUGAAGGCUGUAGCUGAAUGUUUGGCCAAGUCUGAGAUGGAGGGGACUCAGGGGACCGCCGCCGCCCUGCUAGAGUCUUUGGCCCAUGGAAACCCCAAAUACCAGAAUCAGGUGUACAAGGGCCUGAUCGCCCUGCUGGCCUGCACCUUACCAAGAGCACAGCAGCUUGUUUUACAGAUUCUACGUAUAGUUCAGCCCAUUAUAAAAACAGCCCAUCAUAGCAUAGUGGAACCCUUACUGAAUCUGCUGAGGUCCCUGCAUUUAGAAGUACAAUAUGAAGCCAUAGAACUGAUAACAGAGCUCAUGCAAUCAGAAGUUAGACCAGCUCUGCUCAGGGGUCUGGUGGCUUUUCUCAACCCAGCUAAAGAGAGAAACCCCAAACACAAGAUUCUGGAUGAUACAGAGGUGGCCAAAAUGACGGAUUCGCUCCCUGUGCUCCUCCUGCAAGCAGCUUCUGCAAAAACCAUCAGGAUUCUGGCACAGAGAAGUGAGGAGAUAUCUAAAGAACUCCUCUCUCUCAGAGUGAUCCAUCACUUACUGUAUGCAAUGGGUAACCAGGAACAUGCAGAUGCCCAGAGACAAGCCAGCCUGGCUUUGGAGCAUUUUGUGCGCAUGUAUCCAGUGGUGGAAGAGCAUGUACGCAGAGGAAUGGGCAGCACACUGUUUGAGUCUUUUAUGCACAAUGCUGAUGAACUGCAUUUAAGCAUGGAUGAUAUUCAAGCUGACAUUUUACGAUCAAAUAAAGUAAACAUUUCAUGUGUGCUUGAGGAACAGAUUUCAGAUUCUUGAACACUGCUUAAAACAAGCUUCAAAAUAAGAGCAAAAUUAUUUGUGGUAUUUUGUUGUUGAUGAUGGUGUUUUUAUACAUAUAAUAAUAAAAGUGGUCACAAAGAUA